ACUGGCUCCGCUGCCGCGAGACGGGAAGCAUCGGUCAGGAUCGGCCAUAUUUAGCGUCACAUCUUUGAAUUCCGUCUGCAAUUUCAAAGAGUCGUUCUCGCUUCGUCGUAGUCAUCUCUGCGUCUCUCCCUGUAAGCAUGUCCGCUAAUUCGAACGAGGGGCCGGGUUUGGAUGGCAAGUGGUUCGGUGAGGAGAAGAACGGGAUGUUUGGAAGCGCAGGGCCCCGUUUCGACGAGAUGCGGGACGAGCUCCACGCAAAAGACUGGGAACGCGAGACGAACGCGCCCGAGCAACAAUUCCAUUCUUUUGAAGGAAGCGGCGUUGCCAUGGAAACUGCAUCUACAGGUGACUCUCUGUCUGACAUGUUUAUGAAGUCGUCCCCAGGAGAAGGGGAUCUAUACACAUCUCUCCUUUCCUCAAAGCCCUCCUCUAAUCCUUUCAAUGACGGCGCUGCUCUUUUCUCCGAGGGCAACCGUUCCCCACCUGCUCCCACUGGAACCGACUCUGGGAUUGGCAUGACCCCGGGUGACCCCUCGGAUCACCAGACGACCCUGCAGGGCUCGCACAAGACUGACCAUUACAGCUACAUGGACAUGGGUGAUGACCUCUGUGAUUUUGGUAGUGUUAUCAAUGCCAAAAAUAAGCAGCAGCCCUCCAUGGCAGCCUUUGGAGAUGAUGACGAAGAUGAGGAUGAUGAAGACGAAUAUGACAUUCAAGAUUACAAGCCAAAACCACAGGAAAAGGAAAGUAAAGAAUCCAGCCGUGACCCCUUCGAUCUGGGACGCUAUUUGGAGAAGAGCCCUCUCGGUUCUGAAGAUGUGAAGGUGAAGGAUAGUCGGGGUUCGGCGGGUGGGCAGCACGCAUUUCCUUACGUGGAAGAUCCUUCGGACGAGGAGUUGGCCGAUUUCCGUUCGUAUCGUAGGAUGGAAACGCCACAGAGUGCCAGCCCUGUGAAGAUCACCGUGACGACAGAGUCCCACGCUGCUGCGGCCCAGCCUGUGAGAGUGUCUCCACAAGGGGGUGUGUCUGAAAAAGAGAGUGUUCUCAGUUUUGGUCAGCAGGGUCUUCCCACGGUAACACUGUCAGAACCAGAGGACGACAGCGCGGCCUCAUCAGCUAACCACUCCCCUAACCACUCCCCUACAGGUCGAGAGUCUCCAUCUGAUGUGCUGUUCCAGCCUGCUGGAAUGAAGUCUGUGAGCUCCACUCAAGAUUCCAGCAGCACCACCUAUCGUCCCAAUGUUCAAGAAGACCAAGACAUCAAGAGCUCACCUAAACCCUCCUCUCCAUGGGAUCAAGACCUUAGCAUCAGUGGAGAUGAAUCUGGAGAUUCGGAAAUUGAGCAGGUUGCUGAAGAAUCCGAUUCACCGAUGCAUGACUUGACAUCAAAAUCCCCAACUUCAAAAGGUGGAUUCAGCCAAUCUAGCAAUCCGUUCGAGCAGACCAGCUACACAUCUGUCAGUGACAAAGCUAGCAAUCCAUUUGAAAAGCCUCAACCCGACAAGGUCAGCGCUAGCAACCCAUUCGAGCUAUCUGGAGGCAUGAAGGGGGGAUUUGGUCAACCCAGCAACCCACCACUCUACAGCCUGUUGAGAGAAGAACGGGAGGCGGAGCUUGACAGCGACCUGCUAAUCGAAUCAGCAUCUGAGGAGAGUCCCAAGAGGGAGCAGGAAUACUCUGCCCCAAAACGUCCUGAAACGUCUCUGCCGAUCCCAGAUCUUACUUCCUCUAAGCCCAUCACAACUUCUGUUGCCUCGACCUCUCCCUUCAUCCAACCCCCAGCCAGCACCUUGAAAGAGAAAGAAGAAAAGGAAAAGGAGAAAGAGAAAGAAAAAACAACACCCAUUGAGAAGCCCAAGCCACAACCAGAAGACAGCUGGUCCACCAAACCCAGGCCUGCUGUCAUGGGAACAUCUACAGUGCCUCUGGAGCAACACUCCAUUCAGGACCAGGAGAGUAAAGGCAAAAGCAGUAUUGAGAGUGAAACCACAGAGAAAGAUGCAGCUCCGCUUGUGUUGUUCCAGAGCAUCAACAAACAGAAAGUGGUGGAUCUGUUACACUGGCGGGAUGUGAAGCAGUCUGGACUGAUGUUUGGUAGCGUGUUGCUGCUGCUGUUCUCUUUAACCCAGUUCAGCGUGGUGAGCGUUAUUGCGUACCUCGCACUGGCGGUCCUCUCUGCCACCAUCAGCUUCCGAAUCUACAAAUCAGUCAUGCAGGCAGUGCAGAAAACCGAUGAGGGACACCCUUUCAAGGCAUAUCUGGAGGUAAAUAUUGCUCUCUCAGCAGAUCAGAUUAGCAAGUAUGUGGAUAAAAUUCAGAUGUACGUCAACUCCACUAUGAAGGAGCUUCGCAGGCUGUUCCUCGUUCAGGAUCUGGUUGACUCCAUUAAGUUUGCAGUGUUGAUGUGGUUGUUGACCUAUGUGGGAGCUCUGUUUAAUGGCCUGACCCUGAUGAUUCUGGUGGUGAUCUCCAUGUUCAGCGUUCCAGUGGUUUAUGAGAAGUACCAGACGCAGAUUGAUCAGUAUUUAGGACUGGUGCGCACCCAGGUUAACUCCAUAAUGGGAAAAAUUAGAGAAAAGGUUCCUGGGGCCAAAAAGAAGGAAUAAACUCUUCGCUUCUGCACGAGUAAACACUAUAGCCAGUACACUACUACAGUAAAAACUUUUUGCCAGCACUGAAGGAUCCCAACUACACAGGAGGCCAAUAUUCCACCUCAAAAAAAAAAAGAUGGUCAUGUUAAUAUAAAGGCAUAAGUUAUAACACCUACUUUCUUCAGUCACAGGUGUACAGUAGCCCUGCACUACUAGCAAACACAGAUUUCACAAACAUAAGAUCACAGUUCCAGAUAUAUCGUACCAGAGGAACACGACGUGCUUUUCUCUUCCAUUGCUUCUCAUUUAAAUGCAUGAAGUCCCGUCUUGGAGUAAAUAUUUGCUAUCUCUACAGUGCUCUUCCUCUUUGCUUUAUUUUACAGUGUUUAUUUCCUGCCGUACAAUGUGACACAAAGAUGAAGCCCAUGCCUGUCAUAUAAUCUCCUGCUGCCAUGUCGAUUAAUCGCUUCGGUUAGCCGUCACUGUUAGAGUGGCUCUGUGUACAGACAUACAUAUUAAUAUCGCAAUGAAUUGUGGAUUGUUUUUGUUUUCUUCUGUGUAUUUGAGCACAAUGAUUAUUCGAAGAUGUUAUUACUAAAUGUGGUAAUUGUAAUUUUUGCAAAACUGUAGGGACACGCGUAGGUGUUUAAAGAAAUGCUUGUGGUGCUUCUGUUAAGGCACUUGACGGUCAAGACUGCAGAACAAUUUCAGCUGUACUAAACUCUGUCCAACUUUGUACGAUGUUCAGUGUUCGGUUAUUUUAAAGUCUUUAACUAUUUGCACUCUGUAUUUAAUUGAUGAAUGAGAAAUAAAUGUUCCUUAAUGUAA